AUGUCCCGAUCUGCGGUUUCACGUUCGGGUUCCAGACGGGCUUCCCCAAUCUUCCAACAAGCAGAUUCCAAAAUAUCAACCUCCCGACACUAUUCUCCUGGUGACAGCUCUGAUGAUGAAGUACCAGAGCCCAAGUUUAGUGCAUCAGUAAAAGCGCUUUUGGAUGGCGACGGUCUGGGUUCUUCGUCUCAUCUUCAGAGGGGACAUGCCGCAUAUGAGAGACGAGCUGCGGCCGGAUUCAGAAGACAGAGCCAAUCGCCGCGCAAUUCGUCGCCACAUGACAGCUCUAGUGGCAGCCCUGCGCCACGAGUCGUCCGAAUUGGAGCGCUAUCAUCCAACUCAAGGUCCUCGCGCGAGUCUUCCCCACUCUCCAACAGCCAGAGUGCCGAAUACGAGCCCCAGGAUCGCCCUAAUGACUUUAUUACCCCUGCCCCCCGGCCCCGAAGUGUUCGGAUCAGCACGUCGCAUAGCCAUUCACGAUCGCCACCAGCUUCAGUCUCGCCCUCUGCAAAGCGGUCGUCUGAGCGGAACUCUGGAGAUGAGUACGGGAGCGGCGACCGAUCUGGUAGUGAUCACAAAUUGCAUUACGAAGACGACCCAGCGUCUCGAAUUGGCACAUCCUCCGUUUUACGAGGUCGAAACGGGGAUGACUUUGGCCCCCAAAGCUCGCUGCGAAUCAAGCGCGUUGGACGACUCACUGGCACAUUUUUGAAUGGACCUGCUCGGAGGGGGGUCCUGCGCAGACAGAGUGAGGAAAAUAACGAAGAGGACUUUCUCCACGAGGGUAGAGACAACGUGGAUGGGGAAGGUGAAGAUGGAAACAUUGACUAUCAACCUCAUGGAUUGUCAAAACCUUCUACAUAUAAGGUAUCGUGGGCAGACCCCAGUCCGGUGCAGGAGAAAGAAUCCCGCCGGUACGAUCAAGCCGCAAGAAGUUCUAGGGGCGAAGGUCUGUUUUCACGCUCUUCAUCUCCAAAAUCAUACGGAUCCCAAUCCAAAUCAACACCCGCCUCCUCAGAACAUUCUCCACGGCCAUCAAGUGCAAGAGAACAACCGCUAUUCAAGGUGCCAUCUAUACCAUCGCUACCGUCAGCCAAAGACCAAGAAAAUGACCUGCCAUCAACAUCCAGGCGAACUAAGCCACAAGCGUUGAAUUUCUUGGAUAAGCCCGAGAAGAUGUCAUCCAUGUACGAUACUCACAAAAAUGAACCCGUAGAGACUCCGUCAGGGACUUCACGAAAGGCUCUUGCGGCUCGAAGUAAUAACACGCCUCAUAGGCCAGCUCCUCCACCACCGAAAAUGUCCGUUCUUGAAACUGCCACUGCAACUGCUGGCGCAUCAACCUCGCAGUCCCGCAAGAAGCGAACACAAGUCACCAUCAAUCACAAACAUUUUACCCGCCUUGAUUGCAUCGGCCGUGGUGGCAGCUCCCGUGUUUAUCGCGUCAUGGCAGAAAACUACAAGAUCUUUGCCCUCAAGCGAGUGAAUUUGGAAGACGUGGACCCAGUAACAUUGGCUGGCUAUAAAGGUGAAAUUGAUCUUUUGAAAAAGCUUGAAAAUGUCGACCGCGUGGUGCGACUGUUUGAUUGGGAGCUCAACAUGGAAAAACACUGCCUGAGUGUUCUCAUGGAGAUUGGCGAGUCUGAUCUGGAGAAAAUACUCACAUACCGUCUCAACGCCGAAGACGCUAUCUUUGAUAUCAACUUCACUCGCUUUUAUUGGAAGGAGAUGCUUGAGUGUGUUCAAGCUGUACACAACUUCAAUAUUGUACACUCUGAUUUGAAACCUGCCAACUUCCUCAUGGUUCAAGGGCGGCUGAAGCUGAUCGACUUUGGAAUCGCGAAUGCGAUCCAAGAUAAUACUGUCAAUGUUCAUCGAGAACAACAAGUUGGAACCCCCAACUACAUGUCUCCUGAAGCUCUGGUCGACUCGAAUGCCUCACUUGGCCUGCCGUCCAGUGUUGGUAAAGUUAUGAAGCUGGGUAAGCCCAGCGAUGUGUGGAGUUUGGGCUGCAUAUUGUAUAAAAUGGUGUAUGGCCAACCUCCAUUUGCAAAAAUCGCCAAAUAUUACGAACGAAUUAUGGCAAUCCCCAACCCCCGCGUGCAGAUCGACUUCCCAGCCUUUGGUGUCGGCGGAUUCCCUGUCCCUCCUGGGUUGAUCCGGACCUUGAAACGUUGCCUUCAGCGUGACCAGACUCUUCGUCCAACCAUUGAAGAAAUGCUCGGCCCAAGAGAUCCCUUCCUGCACCCUGAUGCCCAGCUCGAGGGCGCCGUUCCUGUCACACAAGAUAUGCUCGGUCGCAUCCUUGCCAACGUUAUCCACCACUGCAAGGUCCGCGGUAUUCCAAAGGAAGAAGAGCUGACGGCUUGGCCUGCUGGAUUCUUUGCCAAAAUCAAAGCCGCAUUGGAAGAAGAAAAUUCCUAA